GUCAAGAUUGACAUUACCUUGGUCCAAUAGCGUACCAGUUUUUCUUUUACGUCACCAACUUACGUCACAGUCCCUCUACAUUUUCACCAAUCAAAGCUCAGAAGGUGUGUACCUGUUUGUAUUUAUUCCCGGACACGGCUGACUCAGAGAGUCAUCUCCUGUCGUCGUUCAAGGUGCCGUCUACCCGUCACCAGCCUUCUUCACACCCCUGCGUUCUUGGAACUACGACGUUCUCUUUAACUGCUCGACAGGACUGAGAUGUUACAGUUUAGGUUUACCACACUGCUUAAGGAGUUGUCUGAAGUCACACUCAAGCGUCCGUUGGCUGAUUGUAGACAGAGGAGCUGGUUACUGAGUCGCCAGCGCCGUUUCUGCGCCGCCUCGGUUGAUGCUAGGGCUGUGUGCACUCACCUUAAGGCCCUCCAUGCCGCUGCUCACCGGCCGGCGCUCCGCACCGCGCCCUGCUUCUUAUCAACACGAUCAUUUUGUACAAAAACAGAAGGCGUCGUCGAACAGGAGGAGCAACUGAAGAAAGAUGAAGGUGUCAACCUGGCGACCGGUGAAAAAAGGAGAAACGCCGGCAUCCUCCCAAGUCUGGAGGACCUGUUGUUUUACACGGUGGCUGAAGGUCAAGAAACAACCAUUCCUUCUCAUAAAUUCCUCACAGCACUUAAAGCCACGGGGCUUCGCAGCGGAGAUCCUCGUCUGAAGGAAUGCAUGGAAACACUGAAAGAAACCUUGAAUAACACUGAAGACGGUGUGACCCUGGACAGACACCUCUUCAAGAAGUGCGUCCAGAGCAACAUUGUCCUGCUGACCCAGGCGUUCCGCAAGAAGUUUGUCAUCCCAGACUUCGAGUCUUUCACCUCCCACAUCGACCAGUUGUACGAGAGCGCCAAGGACCUCUCUGAAGGACAGGUUGCAGACUACAUUCCUCAACUGGCCAAGUUCAGUCCUGACUUGUGGGGCGUCGCUCUGUGCACAGUGGAUGGACAAAGACACACGGUGGGAGACACCAAGGUCCCGUUCUGCCUGCAGUCGUGCGUCAAGCCUCUGAAGUACGCCGUUGCCGUCCAUGACCACAGCACUGAGCACGUGCACAGUUUCAUCGGGAAGGAGCCCAGCGGCCUGCGCUUUAAUAAGCUCUUCCUGGAUGAAGAUGAUAAGCCUCACAACCCCAUGGUGAACGCUGGCGCCAUCGUGUGCACGUCACUGAUAAAGCAGAGUGCCAGCACCGCAGAGAAGUUCGACUACAUCAUGAACUAUCUGAAGAAAAUGUCUGGAAAUGAAUACGUCGGUUUCAGCAAUGCUACAUUCCAGUCGGAGCGUGAGUCAGGAGAUCGGAACUUUGCCAUCGGCUACUACCUCAAAGAAAAGAAGUGUUUCCCCGAAGGGACAGACAUGACCUCUGUACUGGACUUGUAUUUUCAACUCUGCUCCAUCGAAGUGACCUGUGAGAGCGCCAGCGUGAUGGCGGCCACCCUGGCUAACGGUGGAAUCUGUCCAAUCACGGGCGAGCGCGUGUUGAGCCCCGAGGCCGUGAGAAACACGCUGAGUCUGAUGCACUCGUGUGGGAUGUACGACUUCUCUGGACAGUUCGCCUUCCACGUGGGUCUACCAGCCAAGUCAGGUGUGUCUGGGGGGAUCCUGCUGGUCGUGCCUAAUGUGAUGGGUAUCAUGUGUUGGUCACCCCCGCUGGACAAGACGGGAAAUUCUGUGAGAGGAAUCCAGUUCUGCACGGAUCUCGUGGAUCUUUUCAACUUCCACAACUACGACAACCUGCGGCACUUCGCCAAGAAGUACGAUCCUCGCAGAGAAGGAGGGGAGCAGAGGGUCAAGUCCGUCAUCAACCUGCUGUUCGCGGCCUACACUGGAGAUGUGUCUGCCCUCAGGAGAUUUGCCCUUUCAUCCAUGGACAUGGAACAGAGGGAUUACGACAGUAGAACAGCGCUCCAUGUGGCAGCAGCUGAAGGACACAUCGAAGUGGUCCGGUUCCUCCUGGAUGCGUGUCGGGUGAAUCCUGUUCCCAGAGACCGAUGGGGCAACACCCCCAUGGACGAAGCCAUGCACUUUGGCCACCAUGAUGUGGUGGUUCUCCUGCAGGAGAACUCUGACAGGUACAGCCCCCCCACUGAGGCCAGUGAUAAGGACAGAGAUGAGAAGAGUCUGGACAGUCUUCUGUAAACCUGCUGGAAUCGCUUUGUUAGCACUUUGUUAGCACAUUGUUAGCACAUUGUUAGUACAUCGUUAGCACAUCGUUAGCAUCAAAACAGGACCUGGUUUUCCUCUUUUCUUUCUGAGCUCUGCUCUCUGGCUGUUCGUCAGAGCUCCACCUGCUGGAUGUAUUGAAGUGUUGGUCUAACAUAGUGGACAGUCUGCAGUACUGUACAUUCCUUAUAUAGAACAUUAGAAGUAGCUCUGUACUCUGUCGUCUGUGUACUGUACUGUACCUGCACUCGUCAUCUCCUAAACAUUUGGUUCAGUGCAGAAAAGGUCACCUGGUCUCCAAGUCACCUGGUCUCCUGACCUGCUGUUGCUUAUUUACAGACCGACCUGCAAAAAAUGUCUGUGCUACAACAGCUGCUUGUACAGUUAGUAGUUUAAAUGGGACGUCGUUAGCAGUAAUUAGAUGUAAUUGGUUUGAUAGGUUGCAUUUUGUGGGCAUUGAUAACGAAGUCUCCUUACUCGUGUAUCGCUGAGUCAAAAGUACUAGGAAAAAUGUAGGAAUUUAGGCUAGCUACUGACUCUUGACUGCAGAAUCUGCGAUAUCAAAUCUUAGCGUAGCGUGUUUUGGGGUUCUAACGUCUAGCCUGGAUAUCACUCUUGGGAUUUUGUCACCUUCUUGCAUGUUACAGAUGCUUUAGCAGUGCAUUAGCACUUAUCGUGUUAGCUUCAAGUGGUGUGCUACCAGUUUGUAUCAAAUAAGCAGAUUGGUAACUAUGCUAGCACCUAGCCUUAUAGCUGUGAGUGUUGGCUAGGUCAAACUGUCCUCAGUUUUACAACCACAGCGUUGAUCUCUCCUUGGUCUCUACAGCCAGUGAUAACAAUCGUGUGAGGUGCAUUACUGCCACCUAUUGGAUACAUUUUAUGGAGCUACAUUUUGCAUCAGUAGGAUGUUAAUUAGCAGGACCACGUGGGCUUCCCAUCACAUUUGGAAAAUUCCGAGAUAAAAUUCAGGAAAAACAAGGCUAAAUGAAAUCCUCCGUUGGAUGGCGUGACUUUUUUGCAGGCCAGUGUGGGUGUGGCGUACUACAAUACUUUACAUGCAGUACUCAGUGGCGUGUACUAAUUCAUAUACAGUAGAUAUUAAAGUGUGUUUUGUGGUUCCUGUGUUGAUGGAACAACGGUUUUCGUUUUUAACGUUGUACGUACGUAUAUUCUUCUGGUGUUUGUUUAUAUUACACACAAAGACCGACAAUAUAUAGAAACACAGUCGACAGGACACACGCGUAUGCUCUCACAUUCCAAGUAGCUUUUUAUUUUGGCUAUUGAAAAUUGAUGAGGUUAAUAAAAAUCAUCCAAUCACAUUCCUUCAGAUCAUUGAUUCACAGGUCGGUUUCCCGUCAACAGAUUCUUCUUAUUUAAAGAAAAGUCUGAAAUUGUAGAAGAAUGUAUAAUGGCUUUGUUUACAUUUCUGAAAAUAUGAAAUAUGAAUGUUUGUGAAUAAUUUCCUGUUUGCUUUUUCUCCCGGAAUCCCAAGAGCUUAUAGCUAAUCAGUAGGUACGUAACGAUGCAUGGUGGAUCGGCUAAAAAUCGAUACAAAUCUGUGACAAUUCACAUCGGUUGAACUAAAAAAUGUAUUUUCUUUUGUUGUUCCAUAUAUUGACAGUUAGUGAUUAGGAUUUUACAGAGUUCUUACAAAUAAAAGAUCUUUGGAUUUGGCCACAAUAUGUCUGGAGCACCUUUUGGUAAAUAAAUCGUAUUCUGAUUUAUUUA